AUGCAAGAAGCAAAAAAUGGAGUGGUACAAGGAAUAGCUGCUUGGUUAUUGGUGGGUCUGAAGUUGGAAGAGACUCAGAUACAGCUGCAAAUAUAUGCAAAACAAAUCAACAAAAAGGGCACAACCACAAAAAAAUUGGAGUUAGAGGAAAGGCGUCAACACCUGCUCUCCCGUGUAGAUGCUCUCAACCUCAAUGUUGAAAUAUAUCUAGGUAAUAUUGAUGUUGUCAAAUUUCUUGAGGAAGUCCCAGGGUGGCCAAAUUCCAACAAAGUCAAUGAUGCAGAAGACAUAAAUCUGUUUGACCUCCCAGGUUCCUUCAAUGGCAAUGAUGGGCCUAUUGAGAGGAGAAAAUUGGUGUUACAAUCCAACUUAGGGUGA